AUGCGACAUCAUAGCAGGAAGAUAAUUCGCCGUGUUGUGGCCGUGCUGCUUCUCUUCGGAGGAUUCUUCUUCAUCAUCCACUGGGACUUCCUCCUCGAUAACCCGAACAAAGCAGCAGAGAAAGAUCGUGGUGAAGAGUUGGUGUGGCAGGCGGAGCGGCUGGUCAACAGACAGUCGUGGCUGGAGCAGAAAGACUUCCUACCUCUCAACGUCUCGUAUCAGCUGCUGGCUGGAGCUCCAACCAACCAGCAGAGGUUUUUAUCUAUUGGGAUCUCGUCGGUGAAGAGGAGGAAGGGCCGGUACCUGGUCCCCACGCUGCUGUCCCUCUUCUCCCAGUCGUCCCCUGAGGAGCGCUCCUCCAUGGUGGUGGUCCUCCUGCUGGCUGACUUUGACUCCAGCUGGAGAGAAACAACAGUAAAGGAGAUCAGAUCUGAGUUCAGUGUGGAGCUGGAGCAAGGCCAGCUGGUGGUCCUCCAUGUUCCUCAGGAGUUCUACCCUCCUCUAACAGGACUAAAGAGGAACUUCAACGAUGCUCAGGCGAGAGUGUCGUUCCGCUCCAAGCAGAACCUGGACUACUCCUUCCUGGUCCACUACUGCUCCAGUCUGGGUCGCUUCUACCUGCAGCUGGAGGACGACGUCUCCUCCGCCAAACACUUUGUGUCCAGCAUCAGGAGGAGCAUCCAGGAGCAGGAGGCCAAGAAGAAGAUCACGUGGGCCAUGCUGGAGUUCUCCACCCUCGGCUACAUCGGGAAGCUCUACAAGUCGGCCGAUCUUCCUCUUCUGGCCCGGUUCCUCUUCCUCUUCUACCAGGAGAUGCCCUGCGACUGGCUCAUGUCUCGCUUCAGGGAGCUGAUGACUCAGAAGGCUCCGAUCAGCUUCAAACCGUCGCUGUUCCAACACAUGGGGACCUUCUCGUCCUUCCAGGGGACCUACAACAAGCUGAAGGACAAGGACUUUGAGGAGAACUGGUUCAACAACCCUCCAGCUGAGGUUUACUCCGACAUGUCCACCUACAAGGACCAUCAGCCCAAACUGGCCUGGGAGGCUGCAGACGGCUUCUUCUGGGGAAGAUCUCCAGAGACGGGGAACCACCUGACCGUGGUGUUCAGGACCCCUGCGGUGGUGACGGGGGUCCUGGUGGAAACAGGGUCAGCAGGUAAAGACCUGCUGGACUCAGCUCAGGUGGAGCUAGGACACGAUGUGGUCAGCAGAGAGAAAGAGGAGAAGAGCUGCUCUGAGUUCCAGCCGGUGGGACGGCUGGAGAACGGACGGCUGGAGAUCCAAGACCUGGACAAGAAGUUUCCCUCCGCCUCGUCGUGUCUCAGGAUCAAAGUGACAGCAGGACAGAAGGAGUGGGCCAUCAUCUCCAAGAUCAGGAUCACAACACAGCAGAGUCCACAGCCACACUAGUGAAGGGACAACGAAGCUUCAUGGAGCAUUCUCCUUAUUUACCAAGAGAGGGAGCUCUUUG